GACAGCGCAAGCAAGCCGGUUUUAUUUGUUUCUUACAUCGUCAUCGCAUUGAGUCUCUCCUUCUCUCUUUCUCUCCUUCUUUCUCUCUCUCUCUCUCUCUCUCUCUCUACUGGGACAAUCGGUCACAUUAAUCUGAUCGUGCAACUGGCUUACCCCAAACAACCGAGCGUGAAAAAUAAUCGAGCAUGUAUGCAACCUACGUGGAGGAAGUGUAUUGAAGAGAAGCGCUCGAUCCUUGACAAACAACCAAGCUACUCCGCUUAAAAUAUUGUUCAAAACGAGUUACGAGCAGUUUGACCUGUGGCAAUUGCAUAAACUAAACAUAUCUGUCUCAAUAUCUAUCCUAUAACGGAUUCGCGGCGGUGGUGUGUGUGAAAGUUUACGAAUUCUAUCGGGUGAUGAGAAAAAAUUUCUCCUUGUUUUCUAAAUAUGGAAAAUUUAUGAAACAUUUCAGUGAGAGGAGUAACAAUUUGUAUUGGUGAGAUUAGAAAAUAAUUGAAUUUAAGUGUGCAGCGCGGUAGUGGCGAUUGUAGUUCCGUGCUCAGCAUUCCAAUUCCUUGAGUUUAUAAUCCACAAAUUUCUUGUAAUAUGCGGGGCGCGGUGGGAGACAAGGGAUCAUAAAAAUAAACAAAGACGGGAGAGAGAAAGAGAGAGAGCAAAAGUGUCGCAGUACCUAGCAGCACGAGCAGCAGCAAGCAGUUUUAUACGAAACUAAGUUAGACAGAGAGAGAGGGAGAGAGAAAAAGAGAGAGUGAGUGAGUGAGUGAGUGAAUGAGUGAGUGAGAGAGAGAGAGAGAGAGAGAGAGAGAGUAAUAGAGAGAAAAAGAGUCAGUGAGACACAUACACAGCAGACAGAGACAAAGAGGAGAGCGAGUGGUUAGUACAGGUUUGAGUUUGAACGAUGGCGAAAUGGGUCUAAAGGCAAGAUAAUACAAGGGUCAGCAAUUAGCACAAAGAUCUCGAGAGCGACGGGGGGUUGAAGAAGAGAAAGCUGUUUUUCUGGAAAGAACGACAAACUAAAUACACAGAUCCCAGCUCUAUCAGUCGUGGCAGUUCUCCAGGCGAGACAACAGUUAGAGCUGUUUUUGGCAAUAAAUGGGAGAUAGGAGUAGUCGCAGGAGGAAGGCGAUAACGACAACGACGACGAGUCCGCUUGUGACAGUAGGUCGCGGCCGAUCCUGUUGCCGUCGCUGCGGAAGGAAGAAGCGCAAACUCAACAUGAAUACCAAUAAACACAACGACCAUGACCAGCAGCUCGAGAUGGCCAGUUCCAGUGUCAAGCUCCAGACCAAUCCCUGCAAUCCAAUCAACUACAUUAUUAAUAGGCAAACCGACAGCAAAGUCAACUAUUGUCAUAAACUCAUUGAUGCUAGGUUUUUUAAUGCUCAGAACCUCUUCCGAAAGGACCUGUAUGCCCACUAUGGAUGCAUCAAUGCUAUUGAAUUUUCCAAGGAGGGUGAUCUGCUGGUUUCAGGUGGAGAUGAUAAAAGAGUACUUUUGUGGAAAACAGCAAAAGCUAUUCGGAAUCAUGGUAAACCAGUUGUUAUGAAAGCCCAACAUAUGAGUAACAUUUUUUGUUUGGGUUACAAUUGCUGCAAUUCUAAAAUAUUUUCUGCUGGAAAUGAUGACCAAGUUAUUGUACAUGACCUAGUAACUACUGAUGUCCUUAAUUUUUUUCGACAUGAAAAACCUGUAUAUGGUUUAUCGCCUCAUCCACAUAACGAAAAUGUCUUUUCAAGUGCCUGUGAUGAUGGGCGUGUUCUUAUCUAUGAUAUUAGAGGAACUGCUAGUUCUGCAGAAUCAUUUUUGUGUAUUGCACAACAUAAGAGUCCAUUUCAUGCAGUGCAGUUUAAUCCUGCUGACCCAAAAAUGUUGGCAACAGCAAAUGCAAAAGAAGGAGUUAGCAUGUGGGAUGUUAGAAAACCACUUAAACCUAUUAUAAAAUAUGGACCAGCACAAAGCUGUAUGAAUGUUAAAUUCAGUGACGAUGGGGCUACAUUAUUAGCAUUGCGUAGACGAUUACCACCUGUACUGUAUACUGUAAAUAAGCCAAAUCAUUUAUGUCAAUUUGACCACCCUGGGUACUAUAAUAGUUGUACUAUGAAAUCAUGUUGUUUUGCUGGAACCAAUAGUGAAUAUAUAUUAUCCGGCUCUGAUGACUUUAAUCUAUAUAUGUGGAAAAUACCUACUGACAAAAGUGUGAAUUGGGUUGAUUCUGCACAUAUGGUUCUCCGUGGUCACAGAUCUAUCGUCAACCAAGUACGUUACAAUUCAGCCAGUUGUAUUCUGGCAUCUUCAGGAGUAGAAAAAAUUAUCAAACUGUGGUCUCCUUUUCAAAUCAGUCAAAACUGUCAAGGAGGUUUAAAGCGAGAGGACGACAGAGAAGAAAAGCAACGCCGAGUAUAUACCCAUGAUGAAUACAUUGGUCUAGUUUUACAGAGCAAUCAGUUUAUGACUCACGAUUAUAGUCAUCAAUCUACUGAUGAAGAUCAGAGAAUGAUGGCAUUUUUUGAUUCUUUAGUUCAAAGAGAAAUUCAAAAUUGGAGUUCAGAAGAAGUGGCAACUCCACAAAGUCCAAGUGAACCUGAAAAUUACAACGCAUCCGACCGCUCAGAACCGUCAGAUUCAGAUGAUUCUACAGCAUCAGAUCAUCAGAUAAUGCGUUGUUUUCUUGGGUCUGUCAACUCGCACACAACAACCAACGUGCCUGAACGUCCACUUGAAUCACCAAAUCGUAUAACUCGCCUUAUUGCAAAUCGCCGUGAAAAACUCGUGCGUCUCGCGACUCUUGGAAAUGGCACGCAUCCCAAGAAUAAUUGUACGACAUUAAAUACCUCUGCUGCGACCAACUCAAAUGCUCCAGAGGCCGGUUCGGUUAGUGAACCUGAAAACAAUUACACGUUGCGCAGUGGCAGAUGCAGGUCGAGUAAAACUGCUCUUAGAUCUAAGGGAACCAAAAGGAAACAUAGUUGUCUGUCGAAGAGAAACAGAGCCAGAAGAAAACAGAAUAACGCCAAGGAUGACAGUGAUUCUGAACCUGAAGAACAGCCAUCACAAAAUCACGUAGUCGAUGCACAGCCUAGCACCAGUACUGGUGUCAUAUCAUCUCGUCGUUCUCGCUAUGCAUCAACACCUCUAGUCGUGGAAGUGCGACAAAGACGUUCGCGCUCUAGCAGCAACAGCAGUAACAGCUCUGAGGAUACGCAUACCAAAACUACAAUAAAUGGCGACGUAAAUAAACGCCGUUCCGUUAAAACAGACUCCGACAGCUCCUCCAAAGAAGUGCAGAAGAGGAAGAUCACCCGCAAAACAAAGACUUCGUCGAUGGUGGUCCACUCUCGACGCGAGCUGCGCGUCAAGAGUAAACGUCAAAAGGUAAACGCAGAGGAGAGCAGCAAUCACAAUAAUAAUCGCAACUCUAGCAAAGAGUCUAUUCACAACGGCACUUCUGAAGAUUCAUUGGUGACACCUUCAAAGAACACUAGAUGCCCUAUGAACUCGGACAGUGGUAUUGCCUCGGGUAUGUCUGCAGACAAAAGUAAUGUGUCCACAGCGGAAAAGUCCAAUUCAAGAGGACGAACUGCAAGUCCAGACCGCGAGAGAACAACUAAGAAUUGCGAGUGGUUCAAGAAGAAGGUGGACGUCGCGAGGCGCGGUUAUAGGAAACGAACGAUGUUACCUUCGCCCUCGAGCAGCAGCGAUUCAUCUGAUGAUUAAACUUGCAGAGCAAUCGAAUAGUGCGAAACGAAUGUGCGUGUAUAUAAUGAAUCUGUGAUUCCUCAAGCUACAUAUAUUUUUAUAUAAUAACGUGGAAUAUUAUUUCUGUGAGUAUCGCGUAUUCUUGGCGAUUUUUUCUUUAUUAUUUGUCCGAUAUUUAUUUAGGAAUUCACGAGCAAUUAACAAUUGUCGAAUGAAAAUGAAAACUAAAUUCUAUUCAAUUGUCAAAAAUAUUAGUCAGUUACUUUGAUUGCUUAUUACUACUUAUUCGGAUGAUAAAGAUGAUAACGACUUUUUGAUUGAUGGUGAUUAACAUUGGAUAUAGCAGAAAACAUUUUGAAAUUAAUUCAAUAAAUUCAUUUAAAAUUAUUCACUGAUAUUCUCUUAAUGCAAGAAAAAAUUGGUAAUAUACGUUACAAUUAUAAAUCUUUCUUCAAGUUCACGUUAAAAAAUGGACAAUCGGAAUUGUCAUAUAAGCGUUAACAUUUUUUUUUCCUUUUCGAAUUUGGUGACUAUAUUGUUGAAAUAAAAAAUUUAAUUGAGAUUUUCAAAUAUGAAUCAUGCUAAAAAAGAGGAGCAGUAACUUUCAAAAUAAAAAAGUGUAGAUAUAUAAAUACUAUUUGUACAUGAAUAAUGCACAUGUACAUGGACCUUAAAGUGCGUGUACUGUUGAUAAUUUAGUAUAAGUUUUACGUGAAAGUAAAGUACAAGUAAGCAGUAAUCUUGCUUUACUUUAUACAAUGAAUUAUUAUAAAUAUUCAUGAAUGAGUUAUUAAUUUUAAGUAACGAUGCUACAUCUUAGAGUGAGUUUUCCCAAUUUUACUUCACUUUUACCCUUUUACCGUUGAUUUUAGUUAACAUAAGAUAUAAUUAUUAUUUAGGUUAAAAAAGACAAUGGUAACACAAAAUAUUUCUGUAUCAUUUUUUAUGUAAGUCUUAUGGUUUAUUAUUAAAUAUAGUCAGUUUUAAAAAUAACUAAAAUUGUUGCUAUUUCAUAUACUAUUCUGAUUAUAGUGCUAAAACUAACACUAGAUAGCUGAUCGAUUAUAUUUAUUAAUACUAAUUGUUUCAAUAGAAACUGGUUUUCAGGUCUGUAUU